AUGGAACUUCUCAAGGCACCAGAACCCUUGCUGCUAUCCGGAAGCACGGCAAAGAACUGGGAGAAAUACAAACAGAAGUUCGAGCUGUUCUUGGAGGCGACAGCAUCAGCGAAGGAACCCAGGACUCCAGCUGUCAAGACCGCGCUUCUGCUGAGCUUCGCGGGAGACGAAGCGCUCGAGGUAUUCAACAAUUUUUCUUUUGAGGAGGGCGAAAGCAAGCAAGAUUAUGAGACCGUUGUAAAGAAGUUCACUGAAUAUUGCCAGGAGCAGCAAAAUGAGGUGUUUGAGAGAUACCUGUUCCGGACAAGAACACAAGCGGAAGGCGAACCCUUUGAGCAUUUUCUACGUGACCUCAAGAGACAGGCACGCAGCUGUAACUUCGAGCCCUUGACCGAGUCCUUGAUCCGAGACCAGAUUGUCUUCGGCACAAACAACACCAAGCUGCGGGAGAAAAUGCUCAAGGAAAAGGACCUACCGCUCCUCAAGGCAGGGCACAUAUGCCGAGCCGCGGAAGUAUCCGACCAGCAGAAUAAAGCGUGGUCCCAUGCAGACAACCAGAUAGCCGUGGUCAAAAAAUCGCAACAGCACGUUUGUGCCAAAUGCAAUCGUUCCCACACGCGUGCUAGGUGUCCAGCCUUCGGAAAGACUUGCUUCGUGUGUAAAGGGAAAAAUCACUUCGCUAUGUGUUGCACGAAACGACAAGUAGACGAUGUGCACGAAGACAGCGAUGACUUUAGUGUUUUGGAUGUGAAAAUUUGCAAUGUCAACCGCAAGGAAGAUUGGACAGUUAAAGCACAGGUUGCGGGUUAA